AUGGAGAAUCAUAAUUUAAGUUGUGAGCCCAUGGACAUUGAUACUAGCGGUCAUUCGGUUCGAGACAUGGAUAUUUCUUAUGAUGAGCCGUUCUACAUGUCGACUGUUAUAAAAACUGAAAAAGAAGAUUUUCCCUCUGAAGAAACACAACUAAUUACCGACAAUACGAUCUCGGACAUCCAACCAACUGUGAAGAAAUUCCAUAUAAACAUGCAAAGACCAACCAAAAGUUACAAAAAUGUUUUAUUCCAGCCAGUUACCAUUGGUAUGGUAAUAUUAAUGUCCAUAUUUGCACUUCAUAUAUAUAGUUUAAAGUGCUUUGAUGAUUUUAAUGUAGAAGAGUUAAGAGACACACUUACGAACCAAGUAUUUGGCCAGUCAGAAGCUAUCAAUUCAAUACUGGAGACAUUAGAACAACAAGAGCGAAGUAAACUUAUUAUCUUUUCAGGAGGAACAGGUGUUGGGAAAACUUUAAUAUCUUCUAUCUUGCUGAACAGUCUGGGACCAUGUUCUAAUGUAUAUCACUACACCAUGCCUGGUUUUAUAAAUACAUUCUCAACAGACUUUAUGUAUGGUUUGACCAUGUGUAAGAAGUCAUUGCUAAUAGUGGAUGACUUGACUGCUAAUGAUAUUAUGCAAAGCAAAAUACAUAUACAGAAAGUUAUAGAAAAAAGUGAGUACUUAGCAAAAGAAACCACUGUGAUUUUAAUAUAUAAUUGUUAUGAAUCAACUGCCGAUUUUAAAAGAAACUGUGAUGAGUCUUUUCGUCAUAAAUUAUUGGAGAACUUUAGUGAGAUAAAAGUUUUAAAAAGGUUUGUUGAAUUCAAACCUCUUACAAAGUAUCACUUAAAGCAAUGCAUCAGGCAAGAGUUAGCUGACAGACAACUAAAUGACAGGGAACUGGAGGAUGUGUUGAGAAACUUCAAUGUGGAUGUUGACGGCUGCAAAGGUGUUCACUCAAAGAUGAAGUAUUUGAAUAUUGUUUGA